AUGAGAGCCCGAGCCUCCCACUACCACUCUUCGUUAAAUAUACCCUGCGCUCUUUCUGGCUUCCUUACCAAGAAUCAUACCCCUUCGAAGGACUCACCAUUAACAAUAAGGCGUUGUUGGCCUAGAAUUUCGGGAGCCAAACUGCUACUAGCACCCCGCCCGAGUCUUCGCAUCAAGCGCCCACCCGUCGUGACACUGGCGCCUAUUCAUUUCCGCAAUCUGUCAAUUCUUAUACACUUAAAUGCCAUGGAUAUCAUGCUAGGGAACACUUUUCCGACUCCUUCGCCCGAAGCAGAUUUUGAUCCUCGACUGUCCUUGAACCUAUGCCUGGCAUUAGAUCGAUACAGACAGAAAUUUGGGUCGGACACACUUCAUGUCGCAGCAGCACUCCUCCCCCCCGAUCGCGAAGAGAUACCGAUGAUGCUACUUCAUAAAUUCUUUGCUCUCUUGAUUCUCCCACUUGCCCGUGGGCAGUUGACGAACCGGACGGCAUCGAUCUCAGACGCAACGACUAUAAGGCGCUCAGGAAGUGGCUGGAAUGCUGCUGCAGUCCCUGGCGCUGGGGUACAGUGUGGCGAAUGGACGCGAGCUAUCGGCGACUCGGCAAGCUUCACAUUCACAGGGACGGCGGUCUAUGUGAUAGGCGACGUAACCUACAAUCCAGCCAGCAUACGCGCAACCUUGGAUGGCACUGAUCUGAGCCUCACUCCUCCUGGUCCACUGUUUUGCGAUGAAACCGUACUCGCGAUGGAUGGGCUCGAUAAUGCGCCUCAUACGCUUGUCCUUACCUUCCAAGGUCCCCUCGCCCAACCAGGAGGAAACCCGAACUCGUUGGUUAUUCAAAGCGUGAUUUACACCGUCGACGAAACGCCCGUGACUAGCUCACUGUCAUCAUCGAGCGCAAUACCUACUGCCACCUCCACUGCCGCAAGCAGCAUCAUCGCGAGCCCAACUGCAAGCGCAAUUGUAGCCAACACUACCGCAAGCUCUACAAAGAACACUCGUGCAAUUACUGGUGGAGUUGUUGGCGGCGUUGUCGGCAUCGCCAUUCUCGUCAUCGCCUUCUUACAAGCGCAUAAUUUGCAUUACCUGAUAUCGUCUCUGGCUUUCACCGCAUUUGGUUGGCUGUUCUUUGGGAGGCGUCGAUUGUACUUUCAUGCCGACAAAGAUGUUGGACCAGUUCAGAUCUCUGUUUUCUUGUCAAGCCAAGAAGACCUUCAGGACUCCCAAAAGGACGCAAACGAAGUGACCCUCGUUUGGCAGGUCUUCGACAUAGGAUAUUCACGGAGACACUUCACUGCUUCAUGUCCUUGCACGCUCGAUAAGACAGGUCAAACCCAACUUGGAUUUGGUACAGUGGAAGACGUGGAGGAAAGUGGGAUAACGACCAUUAGGUCGCCAGAAUCGGCGCGAGCUCCUGCCACUUGGAAUGGUGAAAAUUUCGAAGAUGAAGGUGCAGCAGUCGAGGGAGGUGGCAUGACCCUCCAGAACAACGCAGAGGCUACGUCGAUGGUGCUUGGUACCUUUGAUUCAACUAGUACGAUCCCAUUCAGGCCGUUCCUUCGCAUCAAGGACGUCGGUGAGAACCCGUAUCCAGCUAAUACAGACCUCUAUCUGCAUAUCUUCGUAACUAAUGGCUAUAAAGGUGGUCAAUAUGCUCCCGACCUUGUGUCGAAGUUCGAAGAAGACAGGCUUACCAAGAAAGGCGUCAAGGUAGCUGACCUCAAGCCGUUGUCUCAAUGGCAAAUUCGCAAAGUCGACGGUAAAAUACGACUCAAGGUCAGGGGAGGCGCCAAGAAAGAGCUAAGCCAAGUUUGA